AAUUUUAGCUUUGGAAAGGGUACGCUUGGAUAUUGGCCAAAUGGCUUGAGUUAGGUGAUAUCAGUGAAUUAGUUGGUGGUUUCGUGCUUGGUAGACAUAUCCGCACUUAGGACAUAAUGAAUUUAGAUGAGCCAAAAUGCACUCCUUCCUUGUUCGCUGUGGAGAAGUGAGUAGGAUUCUGGAGCAGAGACGCUGUGAGGAGGAAAAUUCGCUUAAACCUCAGGCACGCAUUUCGCUUAAUUAUCGCGCUAAGGAGUAUAUAGCCUCACACGCCUCGCUCCCAAGCUUCUACAAGCUUCACGCUUCUCUUGUAGAAAAUACCACAGUUCUAGAAAUCUCUCUGUUGUUACGUGACAUGUGUUUUUACCCGGUAGAUCGGUUGGCCUGGUACAUGGUUCACUUCUGCCUAUUUGUCCUCUUGAUCUCAACGGGUGGAUGUUGCGGGUGUAGAUCACGUGAUAGGAUGCUUUGAAAGACUGGUGGAGUCUGUCGUAUAUGGCAAUAGGGAUAUUGAAGAACUACCAGGGGUUAUCAUCUUCUGAACUGGCUUCACGACGUAGCUUGUUGCGAAAUCU